UCUUUACAUUCUGUGUUUGUGUGAGUAUUGGACUGCUGUGUAUGCACACAUAAAUGCGAUUAAUACAAGUAUUUUAUUUUACUGACAAAGCGAAAUAUUAAAGAAAGAUUAGCUAAAAGGAAAAGCACUUCCGCUCGUGCCUUUUGUUGUCUUCCUUUUCACGUCCGGGUCUCGCGGCCAGGCUGCACGUUAGUGAAUCCCACGCGAUGAAGGUGGUCACCUGGAACAUAAACGGGAUCAGGACCUUCAGAGGCGGCAUCAAGAAGGCUCUGGACUCACUAGACGCCGAUAUUAUCUGUGUGCAAGAGACUAAAGUGACAAGAGACCUGCUGGAUGAAAGAACUGCCAUUGUUGACGGCUACAACUCCUACUUCAGCUACAGCCGAGGACGCAGCGGUUAUUCAGGGGUUGCCACCUACUGCAAAGACAGUGCCACUCCAUUUGCAGCCGAGGAGGGUCUGACAGGUCUGCUGACCAACCAUGAAGGCGCUGUUGGGUGUUACGGUCACCAAGCUGCAGAGUUCUGCAGCGAGGAGCUGCAGCUUCUGGACAAUGAGGGACGAGCUGUUGUCACACAGCACAGAGCCAAGUGUCAGGACAAAGAGCAAACCGUUACCGUGAUCAACGUCUACUGUCCACGGGCUGAUCCUGAAAAGCCGGAGAGGAAGCAGUUCAAGCUGCAGUUCUACAAGUUGCUUCGGUGUCGGGCUGAAGCGAUACUGAAAGAUGGGAGCCAUGUGAUUGUUUUAGGAGACAUAAAUACAUCUCACAGACAAAUAGACCACUGCGAUCCCAGCGAUAUUGAUGAUUUUGAUGAAAACCCUGGAAGGAAAUGGCUGAAUGGCUUCUUGUACAGUGGCGGACAAGAGGAGGAAACAAAUGACGAGGAGUCCGAUGGAGAAUCUGAGGUAACGUCAACAGAUCCCAUCCGCAGUGGAAAAUUCGUAGACACCUUUCGGUAUUUCCACCCAACUCGCACCAACGCCUUCACAUGCUGGUCCACUCUCACCGGAGCACGGCAGACCAACUAUGGCACACGCAUCGACUACAUAUUCGCCGAUUGCCAGUUAGCCAAAGAGCAGUUUGUGGCAGCAGAUAUCAUGCCGGAGGUGGAGGGAUCAGACCACUGCCCCGUGUGGGGGCAACUGAGCUGCUCUCUCCUGCCCAGCUCCAAGCCGCCUCCCCUCUGUACCCGUUACCUGCCAGAGUUCGCUGGCAAGCAGCAGAAACUCUCCCGCUUCCUCGUUAAGGUGGACCAAAAAUCAAGUCAGUCUGAACUUAAGGAUGCGUUACCCGGAUCUCAAGAAGAAGAGGAAAGGAGGGAGAAUUUAAAUCCAUCCAGAGCUGAACACAUCUCUGGUAAAAAACGAUUAUUGACAUCAGACUCUGUUGCCCCGAAGGGGAAAAAAACUAAGACAGUAAAGACUUCCUCAAAGCCGCAGGGAAGCCUCCUUUCCUUUUUCAAACCCAAGCUCACAAAUGUUGUUCCCACCGCUGAACCACGUGAAAAAGCACUCGGCACAGAAGAAGUUACAUCGUUGAAUAAGUCCCAAAAAGCAUCCACGGCAACAGACGACUCCUCUGUCAUGAGCAAUCGAACUGAAGGCACUGAGUUUGCCUUUCAUGGUUCACCACAGCUUGGUAGCAGCAACACCACCACCACAGAGGAAAAUGACAGACACAUGGAGACAACACUUUUAACCUCACAGCCUACUGUGGGCCACUCCGCUGCCAAGAAGGGAGCAUCGUUAGGGUUUUGGAAGUCGGUGCUUCACGGGCCACCACCACCGCCUUCCUGUAAGGUCCACGGGGAACCCUGCGUGCUUCGUACCGUAAAAAAGGAGGGGCCCAACAUGGGCAAACAGUUUUUCGUCUGUGCUCGACCUCAGGGACACACCUCCAACCCUGACGCUCGCUGUAACUUUUUCGCAUGGGUUGACAAAGGGAAGUGACAUGUUUUGAUGUAUAAACCUUUUUAUUUUAUUUUUUUUACAGAGAAACCUUGAGCUCAAAUCAGCACUAUAAGACUUUUUAUCAUUCCAGUGAUUUGCUUUGUU